AUACAUUCAUGGAUAUUUGUUGUUACUUAUUGUAUUAAAUGAAAUUUACUUCAAAUAGACUUGGAUAUAUCAGUAUUUGAUAAUGACAUCGACAGUUUCUUUUAAAAUGGCAGUCACCGCUUAUGCUAAAUAUGCUCUCGGAUUAACUGAAUCUAUGGAAGACGAUAUAUGUGUUCAUAAAAAUUGCUCGGGGAAUGGAUUUUGUCAAGAUGGUCAGUGUAUAUGUUUGAUCCAGUUUACUGGUGGUUCAUGCCAAGAUGCAAACCUCGGAUAUUUUAUGGCGUUUGGUACAAUAUUUGUUUUUCUAUGUCUAGUAGCAUUUGUCCAACUGUUUUUAUGUAUAAGCAACGAAUAUCAAAAGCAAAAGACAAAAUCUUGGAAAACAGUUUUUAAAAUGACAGGUCCUAAACUGUUGUACAUAUUGACGAUACUUGCAACAGCUAUCAGAGGUGUUUAUUUCUUUACUAAGAUGCACAUAUCAGAUCAAGCAUCAAUACACUUGUGGAGUGCUUACUAUCCUAUAUUGUUAUCUGGUUCAUCUUUAAUCGUAUGUUUCUGGGCUGAGGCAUUUCAUUUGGAGGGUAUUGACUGUGAUAAACCAAGAUUCCUGAGUAAAUCUAUUAUAGGAUUUGUGGUAAUUAAUGUCGUCAUAUCAGGAUUACUUAUCACACAGCUAGUGGCUACAGAUAUAGAAGACCCUGUCAUUUCUGAUAAAAUAUACAGAAUUUGCAAUGGCUGCGUUGGUUUGUUGCUCAUAAUUGCUGUUGUAUUUUUCCUGGUCUAUGGAGUUGAAGUGUAUUUUAAGGUGCGAGGGGCUUUUAAUAAAACCCAAAGUAAUGUGGAUCCCUGGCAGUUACAUAUGUCAAGACUAGGUUUGAUAGCACAAGCAUGUCUCCAACUACUAACUGGUCUUUUUCUCAUAUCAGAUGCUUUCAGGGAUAAUUGGAAGAAAAGCCUUCCAGUGUUUGAUCAAAAUUUUUAUGACAUUGGAUUCAGAAUUGCCGAAUUUGGUGUUGUUUUAUGGUUUCCUUGUGUCCUUUGGAACUGCAAAAGUCCAGAAAGUUUAUGGGUACUAAAUCCACAGAAACUCUUUAAAACGUUGAAAAUUGACAGUUGCACGCAAGAGGAAAACACGGAGCCAACGGUUCAUACAAAUUAUGGGACAAUAUCUACAGAUAAUGGUACAAAGCAAGAUUGUUGGAUAUGCUAUGAUCCAGAAAGAAUUGAUGCUGGAGAUUUGAUACAACCGUGCCAGUGUAAAGGGGACGUUGCAUCAGUCCAUCACGAAUGUCUCCGAAAAUGGCUAAUGGAGUGUUCAGCUGAUGAAGAUGGCUUUAGAUGUAAAGUUUGCAAGAACAAAUAUCAACUGAAGGAGACCUGGACGUUUGUUCCACGUUAUAUCAAGACACGUCAUUGGUUACAAACUUUCCUGUCACUUGUUAUCAUGGUUGGUAGUCCAUUUGGAGCAUACACGCUGAUUCAUUCGGUAACAACUGCAACAUACAUAGAUGUUCUGACAAUUGGAUUGUGUAUUUUGGUUGAAUUAGGCUGUUUAAGGUUUUUAGCAACAAGUCUUGGUGUAUGUUACAAAAGAGGGCGACUAUCAACAAUACGAAUACAAGGAAAUAAAACACCAGAUAUCCAAACAAUUUUUACCCCAGCACAUCAAUCAGCCAAUCAAGUCUCACAAAACAUAGUGAAUAGUAAUGUUUUAACAGCUGAUCAAAGAGGAUAUUCAUUUUCCGUUGAGGCAGUUGUUGAAACAAAUAACAGAUACAGUCGUCUUGAGUAGAUUGCCAAAAUCUAUUGAUGUGUGCAAUAAAUUUGAAGAUCUAGAUCUACAACAGUAAGCUUUUGUGAAGGGUGUUUCAAGAUUGAAUUCUACACACAUCACGUCUGGAUAUUCAUUCCGUAUUUGUCUGCAUACCAUAACGUAUAUUUUUUUGUAAUUUAUAGGUUAAUGGAUUUCUCUUCCAAAUUGUUAUGCGGAUAGGUUAUGAAUCGAACACAUACACAAUUCAAGUAUCAAAAAAAUAUCAGAAAUAAUAUUCAAAAGUAGAUCAAAACUUGUAUUCUUAACAUAUUACAAAAAUUUAUAAAUAAAAUUUGUCGAUUAUUAACCUAGAUGGUUGAACGGUAAAAUUAAAAUGAAUCAUUAUGAAAAGUCUAUUACGGGGCAUUAUUUAGUUAAUAUGGGUUAUAGCAGUACGUAAAACAUAAAAAGGAAAACAAAGAUGAUUGGUUUAAUGUUAAAUCUAAACGAAGAUGUUUAUAUAUAUUUAUCUAUGUUAUAAGUCAAACUUUCUGUACGUAAUGGAAACAGAAAGUAGACAUUUGUUAACAGUUCUUGUGAAUUAUGAGUCAUAGACUACUUUAUUGUUAAAUAUUAUAUUAUAUAUGUUUGCCUAGCAUAAUGUUUUAUAAAUA